CUGCCUUUGUACCCAGAAAAGUUAAAUCACCCUCAUCACCAUCAAUAUCGUCAUCUUUGGUGCUAAAGGAAGAACCUGAGGGGAGCCCCAUAUAAGGAGAAGAAAGUAACUCCAUCCUACAUCUCAAAAUUAUGGUGAACUCCAACCAGUGUACUGCUUUACCAACUGGGGGAUCUUUAUUCAGAUUGCUGGAAGUGCCUUGGUUUUCUUAGCUUUGGGAUUUAGGCUCCAAAGGGCAACUGUAACCAGACAGCAGACACCAAUGGCAGGGGCAAGGCCAACCUAUUAUAACAUUUGGACAAGGGGAAUACUUGAUCUGUGUUUUCUAUCUCUUUUUUAAGUUGAGAGUACCAUUUUCAUGUAGCCAGCUUGGCUGAGGCAUGCUUGAACUUAAUUUGGGAUGAAAAUUCUCUUGGUUUUGGAGCUGUAUUUACAAAUAUUGAUAAAGCACUAUUUUGUAAUAUGUUUAGAUCUCAUGUUCUGAAGGAGCUACGUUUCUUGUUCUAUUCAUGCAUGUGGUAUAUGCUGACAUUUCGUCAUUAUGUGUCAAAAUUUAGUAACAGUUUCUUUAUUCAUAGUGCGAUGCAGGGAAAUACCGAGGAACUUGGUCCAUGGCCAAAUUACAGCACAAGCUUCUAAUGUUGGCAUCGGAUCUGAAGGCUAUGAAGGAAGAGAGGAUAAUGUCAACCAAAAAAUCUUAUAUAAUGGUCCAGGCAGCGAUAGUUCAUCUAAUAUUGAGAAGCCUCCUAAUCAAUUUCCUUAUCCUCUCUCUAUAGCCAUUGUGCUAUUUGGAUGUGCUUUAUUAUUUUCAAUGAUUGCCUUCAUAAAGGGAGGACCUUCAUCAAUUUUAGCAGCUAUUGCAAAGUCAGGCUUCACUGCUGCAUUCACAUUAAUAUUUGUGUCCGAAAUUGGGGAUAAGACAUUUUUCAUUGCUGGACUCUUGGCCAUGCAAUACAGGAAAGGACUGUUCAGUGAUUCUGUGGUUAUCCAAACAGCCUUGCCAAUUGGAGAAUAUGCAGCAGUUACUCUUUUGAUGUUCUUUGGUCUCAAAUCAAUUAAAGAUGCAUGGGACCUUCCAUCAAAUGUCACUAAAAGUGGUGAGAAGAGCAGUGCUGAACUUGACGAAUUUGUUGAAGCAGAGGAGCUUGUGAAGGAAAAGGUUUCACAACGGCUCUCAAGUCCACUUGAGAUUGUGUGGAAGUCAUUCAGCCUCAUAUUUUUCGCUAUGUUUCGUGCUGCCCUGGUACAGCAGAUAGACUCUAGAGAAGCAAGGCAACAAACAUUAGGCAAACCUCUCAAAUCCAAAUUGGUUCUAGGGGAAUGGGGAGACCGAUCAAUGCUUGCAACUAUUGCUCUAGGUGCUGCACAGUCUCCAUGGGGUGUGGCUGGUGGAGCCAUUACUGGACACCUUUUUGCAACAACAAUUGCCAUAUUAGGGGGAGCAUUCCUUGCCAACUACAUUUCUGAAAAACUGGUCGGCUAUCUGGGUGGAGUCUUGUUUCUAGUUUUUGCUGUUGCCACAUUUGUUGGAGUUUUUUAG